GCCCAGAUGGAUCCAUGUGUAAUAUAAUCCACCUAUCAUAACAUUUUGAAUCACUAACAUCACAAAAAAAUUAUAUCAUUCACUGUACCAUACGCAUGGCGGUACAUCUCAUUCACUCUCCCUGAAUGUGCACUAGCGAGACAAAGCAUACAAGUCAACCUCAUCUAUCUAAACUUUCCUUACAAUUUGAUUUGAAUAUUGAUAAACAUCUCAAAGUCGGAGAUUCACACACCAUACAAACACGUUUCUCAAAACAAGCCUCUCACCACUCGAUCAUCCAUCUCACUCAGCUACAGUCAGCUAGCUCGCUUAUCGAAAUUAUGACUUUAAAUUCAACCGUUCUUGACCAGGUCCUUGCACCUCUCGACGUGGAUAUUAAUAAGAUUCAUGCAUUAGCCAGGAGUCUCUGUGAGACGUUCAAGACGUUGGCAAAGGAAUCUACCAAUCAGUUUUUACCAACACCCAUUUCUGAAGAGGUGCUGAGACCAGAUCUUGAGGGAAAGGGGAGAUAUUUAGCAAUCGAUAUCGGCGGAUCAAAUCUGAGAGUUGGGUUCAUAAAGUUACUUGGCCCUUCUAUUCAAAAUGGUUUAGCAUUACCAGGUAAAAUUGAUAGGUUACUUGAGAAGUCAUGGCAAAUUGGUGAAGAUCACAAAUACAACAAUGCAGACGAACUGUUCGUGUGGAUUGGAAAGUGUAUUGCGGAAGUUGUUCGGGAUGGAGUUGACGAAUGGGGCUUACAGCUGCCUUCUGAGUUGCCAAUGGGCGUAACAAUGAGUUUCCCAAUGAUCCAAAAUAAAUUAUCAGACGCAAUUUUAAUGUCUAUGGGCAAAGGAUUUGCGAUGACUUCAAAUCUCAACCUUGGCGAGCAGCUUCUCAAAGGCUACAAAAUAUCAACUGCAACCUUGCCCCAUCUUCCCCGCAUCAAAAUAACUGCCAUAGUAAACGACGCCGUUGCAAGCCUGGUAUCCUUCCACCGACAGCAACGUACCCCGUAUCAGAAGGUGGCCAUGGGUCUCAUUGUUGGCACCGGUUGUAAUGCCACUAUUCCACUUUCAAUAUCCAAACUUCAUGUCACAAAAUAUCCAUCCCUUACCUUAAACACCAUCGAGCAUAAACAGAAAGACCCCAAAGUCAUAAUCAACACCGAAUGGUCCAUCAAUGGUACAGCUCCUCCUCUUCACACCCUGAACUUCAUCACGAAAUGGGACAAGAUUCUCGACGCCGAAAGCGAGACUCCAGGUUUCAUGCCCUUCGAAUACAUGACCGGUGGCAAAUACCUCGGCGAACUGGGCCGUCUCAUCAUCCUCGACUAUUUCACGACCCAACUGCAUCUACCAUUAGAAGCCCUUCCAACAGUUCUCCACAGACGAAACGCUCUCGAUGCAAGUAUCCUAGCUAAAGUAGGAAGGGAAGAUCAACUAUGCCAGUCACUCGAUCUCGCCAUGCCAUUUCCCGUGGAUCCAACUAGCGAGAAACGCAGAACCUGGACUCCGGAAUUAGCAAACGUAGUUGUAAACGUAGCCAAGAAAAUCGAGAAGCGCGCAGCAGGCAUGGUAGCUGCUGCUAUCAUCGGUCUUCUCGCUGCAGCCGACGAACUUCGCUUCCCCCCAUCUCCCCAAAACGCUCCAGAAACAACAAAUCCAAACCAAGCGAAUCCCAUCCACGCCUCAGAAAAUACAACAGAACUCCUCGUAGGCUACACCGGCUCCUGCAUCUCCCACUUCCAAGACUAUCUCGCAGAUUGCCAAACGUAUCUCGACGACAUCAUGCGCAAGGAAUUCGGCUCCGACGGAGGCGGCAAGAGAAUCGUGCUAGAAGCGUGUAUGUAUGGAAGUAUUAUCGGAGCGGGCAUUCUGGCCGGAACGGUGGAGUGUAUGGAAGAAAAUCAAGUUUUGGUCGAGGAAUCGGCUGCUGAUUUGGCGGGUUGAGGUACGCGUCUUUGGAUUAUAGGGAUCGGAGUGGGGGUUUGAGGUUGGGAUGAAGCUGCGGGCGGUAUUUGCGUUGAUCGAUUGCAUCAGUUUUACUUUAUUUUGUUUCGUUUUAUUUGGGAAAUAGAGUAGCGAGCAUCAGUAUGGGCAUUUGCAUUUGCAUUGGUACGAAGACAGAAAGGGGGUCCACAGAGCCGAGGACUGAACAUGAGAUACGAGAUGAACGGCCAACAUUUGUGAUAGAUAGGUAGACGGGCAGACGGAUACAUCAUAUAGAUAGACAGCUUAAGCAAUUCACAUCA